ACUGACUAUCCAAACAUCGUUGUCAAACUUCUAGGCUUACAGGAAGGCGGCGCUGAACGUCCGACGUACACGUUUUCGCGAUGAAAACGUCGGCCGCAAUCUCUCUAAUAUUGCCGGAAGAAUCAUCGCUAGAAGACAUCUCGGACCAUCGUUCGACCGUUUUCGUUUUCGAUUCGAAUGUUUUAAAUUUAAAAAGGCAGCUGCGAAUGAAGAGGUUGGUGCAGUUUUGGAGGCGGUGGCGGCAGAGGGAGAGGGUUCCUCGGACGGCGCGGAACGAGUCUGUUGGACUCGUAUUGCGCCCGAAUAGAUGGAGGAGCGGGGGUUCAACGAGCAAGAGGCACGGGUGAAGAAGACCUUCCCCGAGUGUGCGUGGUGUGGCAUUAUCCUGGAGUCGGGAUUAUGCCGCGCUACACUCUGGGUCCAACACACUUGGCCAAGAUCUUCGGGGUCAUCUGGCCACAGACCUUGUUGUGGAAGAUGUAGAAAGUGACGGCUUAUCUGAGUUGACAUUUUCUGGUUGGUCACGUUCUUUCUGUUCGUCCACCACGGCAACGCCACUGCCUUGCUGAAGUCGGAACGGGGAGGAAUCAGAGGAGAGAGCUGCCCUAAUCUUGGGACCGUGGUGUCUGGUUUUGUUGCUGCAGACGGCUGCUGGUCCCUCGACCUAAGCGGCAAUCCUCUUCAAUUUUCCCCUUCUUCAUUUGGAUGCGACAUUCUUACCAGAUUACACUUUUCACCUGGACUCGACACCUUUUCCUGGACAUGACCUCUCUUACUCGGACGUGACCCUCAGAUUUGACUCCCAAUUGUGACCACCUGGACGCGACACGUUUACUCACUGGACAUUUGGCCGACCUUUCUUUCCAAACAGCUGUUAUGAGGAUUGAGCUUCCGGCUAGUCUAGGCUAGGUCAGGUCCUUUGCUCUUCUGGUAACACUGUUUGGGAAGAAAGACUGUGUGAUAAGGAACAUUUGGGAAGGAGAAGGAUCUCAUUCCCCAACUUUACCACAAAGAGGAUGAAGUGGCCGUUUAUCAUACAAGUGAAUAUUUCCCGAAAUCUCUGAUGACACGCUGAAAGAUGUUCUUCGAUCACACACACAUGGACACAACAUCACCGUGCACAAAGAUAUACACCGUUUAAUCUUUACUUGAAUUCUUGCACUCACACACUUACAUAUCAAGUGCCUCAUUCUGUGUAAUUCGACACAAUGAAACCCAAACACUCUCUUCCCACAAAUCCAACCCCUGGAUCCUCGUUCUGGGAAGUGGAAACGCCAAUUUUAAAGAUUAAAACACUUUAAAUUAGUGGCCGAAGGGGCUCUGGUAAUCACACCUUGUAUAGAUUAGAUGGAAUUUCACACAUUAGCAUCAAUAAUCGAAUUUUUCUGUUAAAUCUCUGGAAGUUUAAUAUGGUAAGAAAUUAUCUGCGCACAAUUCUCGUUCAUAUUUCAAUAUUAGUAAUUCUUACCUAAGAUCAUUAAAGAUCUUUGUGCUCAUCGUAUAUUUCGUCACACUUGCAAUAUGGCAGCUGGUGAGUUUUUGUUUUGUUUUGUAUAUGGAGGGCACUAAGAAAGGGCUGUUUUAAUCUUACCCAUCCUUGGUUUCUGAAGAUCCACAAUGUGGACUGGUGGACUGUAUGAGGACGGGACUCGACACCAAGGCUGUGGAGUCUUAGUCGGGAGGAAUUUCUGGCUAGAGGAGUUGGAGUCGGAAAAAAAUGUGUCGACUCCGGCAUUUCUCUUUUUUUGUUUUCCAUAGAAAAAUUAAAAUGUAAAAAUAUCUGCAAAAAAUUUCACCCCAACGCAAUUUUAUAGUAAAAAUAUUAAAAUAAUGUGAAAUAAUUUAAAAUAAAUAUAUCGUUAGAGAUGCUUUUUUGUCAUUUUAUUGCAUUAAAAACAAGUUGUAACGAGACACUGGGGUCUCCAAAAUUUACAACUAUUUGACCUUUAGCCAGCUGCUUGGUGAACUUUCGCGGGACGUUCUUACGUAGACUUCGAGGGGAAUCGGUGUUCUAGUAAGGUGUGCAGUAGUUCCAGGAAUAAUCCCAAUAUGAACACAUGCUGUUUGGUCAUUACUACUAUUUCUCUGAGGGAGACCGACUUCCUUGUCCGAUUCAGGAUUAAUUCAGGAUUCGUACUUGCGUCCUUUUUGUCUAACCUGGGUUAACUCGGAAAAAAGUACUUAAAGGGUUUUUACUACGAUUCUCAAGUUCAGAUUAUUUUACUUGUGACUUGUAAGUAUGAAUUAUAUUUAUCUACAUAUUAUUUUUAAGAGUUAUAUCUAAUUUUAUAUACUUAAAUAUUGUUAGAUACCUAAUUACCCUUUCACAAUUUCACAAUGGAAAAGAAAGUAUUUUCAAAUUCAAAGUCUGCAGUUUUUGAAUAUUAUAAACUUACUACGGAUGGAAAAUAUUAUCAGUGUAAAUGCAUUGUAGAAAAUGAUGAUGGCAAACAUGUAUGUGAAGCAAAAAUUAGCGCUUUUGCUAGUUCUGAAAAAAAAAAUGCACCUACAAGAGCAGGUAAUCUAAAAAGACAUUUGCAACGUCUACAUCCUAAAAUUCUACAAGAAGUAAAUGAAAAAGAUAACAGUAGAAACACUUCAUCUAUUUUAAAAUUAGAAAAUAUCCAAAAAUUAAGUUCAGUACAAACACAAGUAUGCAAAUUCUUUGCUUCGGAUAAAGUUACAGUAACAAUGACGGGUGCAAAAUUUAAAAAUCUGAUAAUUGAAAUGGUGGUGCAAGAUAGUGUGCCUUUAAUCUUUUUUUCACGGCCAGCCUUUUUAGGCUUAAACGGUGAAAUGGCGAGAAAACUUGGAGUUUCACUAGAUAGAGAAAACAUCAGAAGGCUUAUAAUUGAAGAGGCUGUUUUGAAAAAAGAUGAACUCUGGAAAAGACUGAAGGAUCGCUUGAUAUUUAUUAAAAUGGAUGCAUGCACUCGUCAUCGAGUGAAUUAUUUUGCAAUUGAUGUUUUAUUUAUUGAUGAGAAUAAUACAAUUGUUACGAAGACAUUAGCAGUAAAAGAUACUAUGGCUCAUCACACAGGAGAGUAUCUGCAGAAGUUGGUUCAAGAGGUAUUAGAAGAUUUUAAAAUUAAAAAGGAGAAUAUUUUGUGUAUUGUAACAGAUAAUGCUUCGAAUAUGUUAAAAAUAACUGAGAAAAUGAAUCAAGAUAAUGAGAUUCCAUUAGAAGACAUUCAUGAAAUAUUCUCCAUUGACACACAAAUCGAGCCUAUAAUAGAAAAAGAGGAAUAUUUAGAUGAUAUUGUGGAGGAAGCGUCCAGUAUGUUUCAAAUCCAGCAUAUGCGAUGUGCUGUUCACACGUUGCAAUUAGCAAUAAGAGAUGGAUUAAAAGACUCUCAGGUAGCUAAAAUCAUUACAAAAUUAAUUAAGACAAGUAGCUACUGUAGCUAGAACCUCUAAAAUAGAUGCUAUUCUGAGAAGGCGUGCUAGAAAAGGAAUUAUUUUAGAUCAAUCUACUUGCUGGGGAAGCACUUAUUUAAUGCUUAAGCGGUUGCUCGAAUUGAAAACCUUCCUUGAAGACCUUGACAAUCCAAGUGUUUUAUUAACUGAAAACCAAUGUAAACAAACAGAAAAAUUAGAGUGUGUCUUGUCAUAUCUUUAUACUGUCACCCUAAAGUUACAAGCUGAAGAUUUGACACCUGGAAAUUUUUUCUUACAGUGGAAAACUUUGAUGCAUCAGCUCAACAAAACUGGAGGAAUUGUUGCUAAUGUGAUUUUAUCUUCAAUGAGAAAAAGAGAGAUUCAGUUGUUAGACAAUAAAAUCUUGUUAGCCGCUAUUUACGUUGAUCCAAUGAAUCAAAUUUUACUAAAUGACAAUCAAAUUGCCUCAGGAAAAGAAAAGCUUCGUGAAAGUACUAUUCGCUUGAAAAAGUUGCCGUUACCUUACAUUUAUGAAUCAAAAGAUGAAAAUAAAAAUAAUGAAUGUAAUGACAACUCGGAAUCAUCAUCUCCAAAAAAAGAGCUUGAUUUCGAAGCAUAUUUGGAUAGUUUAGAACGUCUCAAAGUGAAGCGAAGACGUUUAACGAAUCAAGAAACUAACCCGGCAGAAAUUGAAAAAAUAAAAUUUGAACAAAAUUUUUUAAAUGGGCUAAUUGAAAUAGAAAAGUAUGACCGUUUAUCAAAAUUGAACGUAGAAGAAGCUAUUUCAAUUUAUCCAGAAAUUAUUCGCGAUGCAGCUAGAUCUGUCACAGCAAUGCCCCCAACACAAGUCAGUGUGGAAAGAUUAUUUUCAGCUUUGAAAAUAAUUAAAGCUGAUUUAAGGGCAUCUAUGAAAGAAGAUUUAAUUGAAGCUAUUUUGUUUCUUAGAACCAUUUUAUAAAAUUCAAAAUUAUAAAUGUAAUUUAGUUUUUUUUAUUUAAGUGAAAAUAUAAAAUAAAUUUUCUUAUUAAUUUUUAAAAAUGUUUUGUAUUUUGUUAUAAUUCAUUUAUU